AUGCCCACAACUGGAGCGCCAGUUCCUGGACCCAAAGCUGAUGGAAGGCAAUGCAGCAGUGACUCAUGAGCAGGCUGGGUCAGCAAGGACCAUGCAGAGAUCCUCAGCCUGAAGGGUACCUCAAAGGUGCUUGAAUGCACCAGGCCGGUUUCUUCCUCCCUGGAGCAUAGUUUUGUUCCUGAAGAGGUUUUCCAAAGCCUGGCCUGUGCCAGCAAGUUUCUCUACAACCCAGAGUACUUACAGUCCCUUCAAAGCACCAAAACCUCAGUGGAUAUUAGGGGCUGACUGCAAACCCCAGAUCGGCUUUGGCUUUAUCCUCAUCGUCGGACCAAGUUCAGACACUUGACAGACCACCCUGUCAGUUUGACAGAUGCUGGAAGGGAUAUCUCUUACUAGUGUAAUAUUGCAACUAGCCAAGAAACUAAGAAAGCAAUGACUGGCAGAAGCUCUUUUUCUGAGGGUCAUCAUGACUGGCAGGGGAGCCAUGGUACAGUCCCCUGUCCCUAGAGAGCAAGCCUAGCAGACAGUCUGGUUCCCAAGGAAUUUCAUGUUGUGAAGAACAGGGGAGUUUUGCCCUUGAAGUGGUUUCUGCUCUGCAAGGGUUUUAAAUGCACCACACUGCUUGAGGACUGUGAAAAGAAGCUAAGACUGUUCCCAUCCAUGAAACCUUCUGGGAGGUUAGAGGUCAUCCAGCUGAUGGAGAUGAUGGACAGCAUGUUGGAAAAAGCUGGAGUAGACAAGCUAAUCAGAAGAACAGGACCUUCACAGCUGCACCACAUGAAGGAGCUGAUGAAGGCAGAGCAGAACAUCUACUACAUUGUUUUCCAUGAGCUGAUUCAACAGGUCAGUGUGGACUGUGUGGAGAGAAGACAGCUCCUUUCAAAGCACAGGCAGAGGUAUGUGUGCCUCAUGGAGUGGAUUCCUCAACAAAUGAAGGCCCUCUAUGAAAAAAUGAUGGCACAGCAGCUGGUCAACAGGCACAUUACAGAAGAGCUAAUCUAUUUUAAAGAUUCUGUGGGACAGUGUCCCAGUGAGCUGUGUGAGGUACAACAGCAUGACCACAAGGUGACCCAAAAAGCAGAAAAAGCUCAAGAGGUGCUGUCUGCAGCCUUGCAGGAAGAGGAGGUGGAUGUCAACCUUUUAGAAGAGUUUUGGGAGUUAUAUGAGCUCCAGAGAAGAUGACUGAAAGAGCAAAUUCUGCUGGUAGCCCAAGAGAGAGACAUUUGGAGCUCAGCUGCCUAUGAUCUGGCUCUGGAGGUAGGUGCAAGAGAUCAGUUGUAUGUUGCAAGGAGUGUGGUUUUUUUAAAUGGAAACCAGUUAAUUUACACAGCAUUUUUUGGUAUGGAUCUCCAGAUUCCACACAGGAAAAACUUCUACGAAGUUAAUGUUUCCAUUCAGAGAAACCCAGCAGAGAAGCUGGGUCAUGUUGGAGUCAAAAUAGAGUGUUCUGAGGAGGUCAGCCAGGGAAAACUGCAAAUUGCCCACAACAGCCUCAACAAGUGGCUUCAGUUCUUCCACAGCAGCAACUUCUCCUCCUUUCCAAUGAAUGAAAAGCUACUGGAUGAAAUACUGCAAGAUAUCAAGAACUUGAUAAAUAUAAGACUUAGAGGGAUGCUGAAAGAAGACCUGAAACAGUAUGGAGGGGAGGUGCUCCUAAGAAAGAUGGAAAGUCUGAGGAGUGCUGCCAGCCUGCAGGAGCCCUGGAUGGAGCUGAGACGAAUGGUGCUGAACCGACACCGGAUCUUUGCUGGAGCGUUGCCUCCACAGCAUGCUGCCCUGGAAGAAAUAAACCAAAGGGCAUGAGAGCUCUACCAGCAAUACAAUAUAAGGAUAAGUGGGAAUAAUGGCACAGCCAGGUUUUUGACAGCUUUGGUGAAGAGUAUGGAAGACUGGUUAUUCAAGGCUCAAAAGCUGAAGCGAGGUUCUGGCACGCACAAAGCUGAGCUGUGGGCAUUUUAUCACAAGAUUCCUGCAUGGCUGGCCAAGGUGGAUGCAGUGAUGAGCUAUAUAGACUCCAGCCAGUUGCAUGAAGCUGAGGGUGAUGAUAAGCCACAUUUCCUCUAUAGCAUUAAUGAUGCCUGUGUCACGUUUCCAGCAUGUGCUAAAUUUUUUUUCCAGAUGAUUCAGCAGUGAGUUCUGUCUGUGAAUUAUGAGGUCAAGAUGAACAUCACAUGUCUUGAUGAAAAAGCGACUGGACUGCACCGAAGCAUGACCCUGUGGCUGGUGAAUUUGCUGAGACAUAUGACAGCAGACCACUUGUUCCAGGAGUGUCCUGCACCACAGGAGUCAGGCACCCAGACAGAGGAGGAGCUCAGACUUCUGAGGGCUCGUCAGCUGCAGCAUGAAGGAGAGUUGGUUGCAGAGAUGGACAGGCUUUCUGGUUCUGUAGUCGGCUCCUGCCACGAGGUUGUCAAUGCAAUUGUUCAAAAGAAAUCUUCUGAUACAGAUUUAGAAGCUGGUUUUGAACUGGAAGAGCUGAAUAAGAUCAAGCAUCAGCCAGGUGUUGGUACAGAUUAUCUGACUGAGGACAAUGAAGCUACUGCAGACAUGAUCAAAUACAUAGGACACGACUCCAACAUCCACCUGAAGUCUCUGAAGUCAGACAUUGUGUCCUUGACAGGGAGAGAGGUGACUGCCACCAAGGCAUCGACUCCCUUUUCUCAGAAAGGGUCUGAAGCCCUUGCAAUGCUGGAACAUCUGCAAGUGCAGCUUCUAGAAACAGAGAUCUGUGCUCAAAAUGCAGAGGAGAGAUCUGAAGGUCUUGAAGAGAAGCUGGAAGAAGCUCUGCAGAGAAUCAAAGAGCUAGAGACUGAGCUGGAGAAAGAGGGAAAAGGUAUCCCAGAAGCAACACACAAAGAAGGGCAAGGUCAGAAGAAAAAUAUUCUGAACCCUCUCCCAACUUUAGAGAGGAAAGAAAUCUUUGAGGAUACCUGAUUUGUAUCCAGUUUAGUGCAGGACCUUCUCCUCCUGGGCACAGCAUAAAGAGGAGAGCCAAAGAGUCUAACCUCUUUGUCAGAGAGCAGGAAGGGAGACUUUUAACAUGAUUCUAGAUCAGGGCAGAAAGAACUGCUGAAGGUGGUCUGAUUUUAAGAAAAACUAACUUUGUCUGACAUACAACAG